AUGUUCGACGUUUACGAUACAGCUAUCCGAUGCGGCGUCAAUGCCGAAAAAGGGUCUUUGAGCUCUGAAAUCUUGGUUGUAAAUGCAGGUGAUGAACUAUCUGCUGGUGUGUGGAGCAGCCCAUCAAACCAGAUAACACACGGCGGGCCAGGCAUGUUCUAUCUGGCAAAGGCUCCGGACGGCGUUGACUUGAGGACCUGGGAUGGGAACGGGGAUUGGUUCAAGAUCGGAGAACUGGGUUGGAAUACUAAUACCAAAGCAGGGUGGCUGGCCGACGUAGAGCCUCAUUCGAUGAACGUUACGAUUCCAAAAACAACUCCACCAGGGAAAUACUUACUGCGCAUCGAGCAUUUAUUCUUAAGAACCGAAAUAAAGGAGACCAACUUCUUUGUUUCAUGUGCGCAGCUAGAUAUCAAAGGAAACGGUGGUGGAACGCCUAGCCCAACUGUCAAAUUUCCUGGGGCGUAUGACGACUUUGACGAGGGAAUUUGGGCACCUCUUUGGACUCAAGGAUAUUGGUUGAAGGGCUACAUUCCCCCUGGACCGCCAGUUUGGACGGGUUAG